CGGGCACUGUAGAGACAGGGCAAAACGUAGAGAUGCACAUAGAAGAGGUCUAGUGAGGAGUGUGCUCCUGAACAUUAUGUGUGUCUCUAACACAAAACAUCUGUGAGCAACCACAGAAGAAUCUAAGCUCAGGAUAAAACGGACCACACAGUAUGACCCACUUCUUUCCCACGUGUGGUGACAGGGGCUGAAGUUGGCCACACAUUUUUGUGUGCGGGUGUGUAUCAGACUCUGGCAAGGAGUUUUUAACUACAGCAGGGAGAGUGUGGUCUCCUCUCCAGCCCAGAGGAGGGUUGUAGUGUGUGUCCCAGAUGCAGAACAUCCUCGAUCAAAACUUAGACAUGGCUACAGCUCUACUCGCCGGCGAGAAGCUGAAGGAGCUGAUCCUGCCAGGCUCCUCCCAGGAUGAGCGAGGUGGGGCACUGGCCAGCCUGAUGGUGCAACUCAAGCUGGAGCUGCCCUUUGAUCGUGUUGUUACUAUCGGGACAGUCAUCAUCCCCAUCCUGCUGGUCACCCUCGUCUUCACAAGGAACUUUGCAGAGGAGUCCAUAUACUGUUACACACCACACAACUUUACCAGAGACCAGGCAUUAUAUGCAAGAGGCUACUGCUGGACAGACCUGCGUGAUGCUAUACCUGGUGUGGAAUCUCACCUCUGGCCUUCUCUAUUUGAACACAAGUUCCUGCCCUAUGCGCUGCUGGCCUUCGCUGGAAUCAUGUACAUUCCUGCUUUGGGCUGGGAGUUCCUUGCCUCCACGCGGCUCACUUCAGAGCUCAAUUUCCUGCUUCAAGAGAUUGAUAACUGCUAUCAUCGAGCUGCUGAGGGCCGAGCCCCAAAGAUCGAGAAGCAGAUCCAAUCCAAAGGACCUGGCAUAACUGAGCGAGAGAGAAGGGAGAUUAUAGAGAAUGCAGAGAAGGAGAAGAGUCCUGAGCAAAACCUAUUUGAGAAGUAUUUGGAGAGACGAGGCCAAAGUAACUUUCUGGCAAAGCUUUACCUGGCACGCCACCUGGCUAUCAUCUGCCUCAGUUCCAUACCCAUUUCCUACCUUAGCGCUUACUAUGCCCGCCAAAGGCAGAAUGAAUUUACCUGUGCUCUGGGUGAGCCCCCAGACAUUAGCAGCUAUCCGGAACUGAAGCUCAGGGUCAACUGUAAGCUGCCUGCUGUGCAGCUGCAACGUAUCAUGGCAGCAGUAGACAUUGCUCUGCUCUGCACUAUGAACCUCAUCAUCCUGGUUAAUUUGCUACAUUUGUUUGUGGUGCGCAAGUCCAACUUUGUAUUUGACAAAUUGCAUAAAGUUGGUAUCAAGACACGGCGACGCUGGCAGAAAUCUCAGUUCUGUGAUAUCAACAUCCUGGCCAUGUUCUGCAAUGAGAACAGGGACCACAUCAAGUCGCUCAACCGACUGGACUUCAUCACCAAUGAGAGUGACCUCAUGUAUGACAAUGUGGUCAGGCAGCUGUUGGCUGCACUUGCACAGUCCAACCAUGACGCUACACCCACUGUGAGGGACUCUGGGAUACAAACAAUAGAUCCUAACAUGGAUCCUUCUGAUCUCGGAGUGGGAGAUAUGGCAAUGGAGCCUCUGGUCAUCAAACGGCCCCGCAAGAAGAUUAAAUGGAUCCCAAGUUCAAAUCCUCUUCCUCAGCCAUUCAAGGAACCUCUAACCCUGACACGUUUGGAAAAUAACACAAAGCCUGAAAAACCCAAACCGCUCAGGCGAAAGACAGUGGCAGACAGCUUCAUUGCACCACUUCUGGAUAGCAAGGGCACACAACAUCCUGCAACAAAAGAUUUAAGUGGAAUGGAGAAAAAGCACACUCGCAACUUCUCUCUGGACGUCCACCCAUACAUGCUGACCAUUCGUAAGCCCAAGGUGGAGGCCACAAUCACAGAACCUCUACCCACAGAGCACAGCAUGGAUACAGUGUAUCUUGAAGGCACACACACUAUUGUUCAUGUGUCUGGUGCCAUUACAGAGACUAAGGUUUGCUCUCCAGAAUCAACAAACACUACCUUUUCUACAGUGACCCUGCCCACCACUACCUAUGUAAAUGGUGUUAGCCCCAACCCGCCGUCCAGUGAGGACCCCCUCAGUCCCAAGUCCUCUCCUCCAAGGGAUCCUCUGACUCAGGCAGAAAACCCUGAGGCUCAACCACCCCCACUGGCCAGAGCCCCAACACACCAGCUUCUGAGCAUUCAUCACACUCUCUUUGAGGAAGAAGAGGACGAGGAACAACGUAGAGGCAGACUGGCAGAGAGACCUGGGGAGCUCAUCGCUGCUGGGGAAUGUUGAAAAAGGAGACAAAGGGGAAUACUGACAGAGAUUCCUCUCCUAAUCUCCCCCACCUCCCUCCCCCAACACUACACUCUGCACAUAUGACCACCAUGUCAUUCACCUCCUAUCAACAGCAACCUUUACUCUCUGAAUUAACUCACAAAACUCUGGGAUGGGUGGAUUGGGCCGACUGAUGAGCAGAAAUGAGAUGACAUGGAAAAAUCCAGUCAUGAACUGAACUUUUAGAUGGGAAAAUUACUCAGAGAAGAUAAAAAGAACAGACAUUUGUGUGUUUAAUAGUGUUGACUAGAGUGUACUGUAGGAAAUUAUGUCACAUUCAUGUCUCAGGAUGACUGUGUACAGCUUAUCACCCUCUAAUGAAACCAGCAGUGAUAUAAUUCAACAGGGUGCUACAGUGCAGGGUCAAAUAAUAUAUCGAAUAAUGAAAGGAUGAACGACUAUGAGGGAUGAGUGAGCUUUCUUAAAAAAAAAAAAGAUACACCAAAUGCAUAUCUGCAAAGAGGACUGCAUUAUGGCUUCAAAAAAAAGUAUUUUAAACACAUAUGAUAACGCUUUGUCCCUUUAUCCCAAUAGCCAAGUAGACAGGUAGCUCACGCAAUACAGUGGUUGAGAUCUGCACAAUUAAUAUGCAAAAGAUCACAAUAUAUUUGUGGCAAUAAUGUAUGCGCUUACAACAUCAUAUUUCACAGAACGCUAUACAUAUAAAGACACUGUAUAUGACCCAGUGUUUGUGGGGUGUUUAUAAUAUAACACAUUUCAUGGCGUUAUCAUUGCCAUUUCAUUAUUGAUUAGGAACGUGUAUCAGUGAACGUGUAUCUUGACUCAACUAUAGUUGCACGUCAUUAAUAAUAAAGGUAAAUUGGCGUAUUAUAUUAAGGAAGGGCAAAUGAACAGACUCUGUAAUGAAAGGGUGGCUUUGAGGGACGAUGUGAAACUUCAAUAUUGCUCAGAAAUGCAGAUAUUUAAGGCAACUAGUACAAUGUGGGUGUUUUUGACUUUAAUAGCAGCUCCAAUAUGAUGAACGGAGCUGGACUCACUGGUAAAGUAUAUGACUUUUGUGUUCUGCUGGCUUCUUGUGGGAGUGCUGUGAUGUGAAGUGAAUGAUGAGUAGGAAGGUUUCUUACACGAUAGCUACUGUAUAAGCUUUUGAUUGUCAUCUGCUGGUCUGACACAGUCUAAAUUUCUUUUAGUGGUACUGCCCUGUCUCACAUUGUGCUAACAUCCACUUGAUCACCAAAUAAACAUGAAGGAAUGAAUAGUUAGAAUAGUUGGCUAUUUGUAGUAAAACCAAGCAUAUAAGGUAUGUUAGCACUUUUCACAGGGAAUGAGUGAGUGGACAAGGGGAUGGGUGCCUACCACAACCUCUCAAUAUGCAUUUAUUGCAGCUGCAUACAUUACAGAAACGCCAAUAAAGGAACUCUCUGCACUGAUGCACCAAUAUGACAUCUACUGUAGAAAACAGUGCUGUUGUCAGGGGGCUACUUAUAGGGUAGACCUAUGCAUACUAUACUCAUAUCCUCUGGAGCAUUCAAUAAAAACACACUUUGACUACUGACUUGUGAUGGGAGACAGCAAUUUUCCCACUUCAGCUUCCAGUUAUCCUUAGUUUUUGUGGAAAUAACAAAUAAUCCAUCUCAUUGUUAUGAAACAGGUUGGUUCAAAAUCCCCUUGUUGGACUACUCAAGCACACUAAAUGCAUCCAAAAGCACUUUAAGACUUGUAGCACGGGUGUGUGUGAGAGCAUGUUAUGUUGUAACACAGCUCUGCUUAAACUGAUUUUGUGUGUAUAUUUUCACAUUGAGACUAUUGUGUUGAGAUAAAUCUCUUGACGGGUCUUAAUGCUAGUGAAAACGUGGAGAAGGGUGUCCAGACUUUGAUUGUAGUGUGUAAAAUGUUAUA